GUGCUCCCCAACCUCAAAGAUGUCCAGAUGUCAAGAGUAACCAAAAUGUGGAUAAUUCCAGCAGGAGUCAAUUCAGUGUGGUUCUACCGCAUGUACCUGGAUGCCCUAAUCCAAGUAGAGCUUCUCCAGAACCUCCAACAAGUCCUUCUCUGACACUCAAGUUUGUUGAUCACCCUCAGAAAUCCCAAACCUCCAAUACACACUUACAACUGACAGAUGAGGAAGAAGAUGCAUGCUCUGCUCCACAAAAUCUGAAUAAAGGGCACCAUGAAAUGGCUGAAGAGGACACAAUGACCCCAACAACUCUGUCCACCCCGACAACCCCAAGCAUCCCAGCCACCCCAACUACUCCUGGCACCCAAAGUACUCCAAGUAGCCCAAUUACUCCAGGCACACCAACUUCAUCUGUGACCCCAAAUUCUCUUUCCAGUUUUAGCUGCCCUUCAUCAAGCCAGUUCAGCCGUAGCACCGACCUGAACAGUAGCUUCUCAGAUGCCCUGUCAGUGAGCUUCAGUGUUGACCAUUGUGAAGACAAUAGUACAGAUGACGAAGAUAACCAUGCUUCUGACCUUGACCAGAAUAAUUAUUAUCAAGAGGGCUGCUCUACUUCUCUUCCUGAGCUUCACUUUAGCUCUGCAGGAAGUUGCAGUCAGGCCAGCUCACGAAUAGACGUCCUUCAAGCACGUCUCUCCAGAUCUCUCACCUCCUGCAAACAAGAAACACCUUCCACUUGCCUGCCAGACACUCCAAUUUACACCUCCAAUACCCCUCAAUCUCGGCAAAACCCGGUCAUCCAACAGUCCACAAAUGAAACCUUGCAUAGACGCCCUGGAUCCAGUCGGUCUGGCCUGAGUAUUCAUUCACAAAAACCUGAUUGCUCAACAGUGGAUAGUCGAUCAGAAUGGAACCUUUGGCCUGUGCUUCCUCCCAUCGUGCCACGGCAGGAUGAACUGCAAGAUGAGAGUUUAAUGGAAGGGACCCCUGACUCCCAGUCCGACAGGUCACAGUCUGAUAUCUUUGCUGAGCUGGAUGAUCUGGCCCCUCGCUCAAGUUCCUGUGUGUCUCCAGACCACCCAGCCGGGAGUCAAACUGACCGAUCCUCACCUACCACAGAUCUGAGUCCUGGACUUGCGGCACUAACUGUGGGAUGUGAUUCAGGUGAUCUGGGAUCUUUGUCCCGUGUGCAGCUCCUGCUAUUGGAGCGAAGAGGAUCCGAGAGUCCAGGUUCCAUCCCAAGCCCUGAAUGGUGUCAUACUCUGGACGGGGAGGGGUAUGAACCUAGCCUUAGAGUCUGGAGCUCGGGCAUUCCCCAAUAUUAUCAGUCCACAGCCCUGGACAACCACAAACCAUUAAGUGGCAGAAACAGCAGCCAAGAUUCUUUGGCAACUUUCAAGGGACGUAGAAAGCGCCCCGGGCUCAUCAGUAUGGAGAGUGGAUCAAGGACAUCAUCCUAUUGUUCUCUCAGCUCAAGUGUGUCUGAGAGUAGCUCCAAGAACCGAGAAAAACCCACCUGUGAGGACCAAGGUUGUGAAUUCCCAGAUGAGAAUGUCCCACUCUAUUUGUCACCUCUCUCUCCCAGUGCUUUGCUGACAGGUGAGUGGUUCUGCUAUAACACCAUUGGGGAUUUCUGCAAAGGUGCCUCCUUGUCAGUGUUCUCACGUUGCACAGAGCUGAUCACAGAUCCACUAUGA